CUGUCGAUGUUGAACCGGUCUUGUUCUCGUGUCAGUCUGUGACAUUGUUUUGCCCACAAGAAACCCUUCACAACAUUAAAUGUGAAUGUUUGCAGCGGUAGUGGAACAGCUGCGCAGAUUUCCGGGCUGUUCUUGGAGACAAAGCUGGAGACCGCAUCGCAUCCUUCCGUGUUAUUGUUGACCAGGCCCGCCCAUACUCCAGAGAGCAUCUCUUGGAAACCAGUGGACAAAAAAACCGCUACACAUCGCAUGGAGGUAGGCUUUUGUGAAUUUCCACCAUCCAGUGUGCCUGAUGAGACCGGGACAAUAGAAAUCCGAUCAUUACUACACUGAUUGCUUUUCAAAAUGACCUUUGCUGCGCUAUUGUGCUGCCAACGGCAAAACUAGGACCUUCAUUUUUAAACAGCGACAUUUUACCACCACCAACUAUGGACUUCCCCGGUCACUUCCAGCAUAUUUUUAAGCAGCUCAAUCAUCAGCGCCUCCAUGCACAGCUGUGUGACUGUGUGGUAAUGGUGGGAUCCCAAAGCUUCCAAGCUCACCGCUCCAUCCUGGCAGCAUGCAGCUCCCACUUCAGGGCUCUACUGAGCUCCAGUGACAGUGGGGAGGACACUGGUGUAGCAGGGGGAGCUGACACAGGUGGAACUGAAUGCCCAAGUGUAAUGAAAUUAGAUCCAGAGGUGGUGACCCCAGAGGCUUUCUCCACACUGCUAGAGAUGAUUUACACCUCCACCCUUUCUUUAGGGGCCUCAAAUGUAAUGGAUGUGCUGCUGGCUGCAUCGCACCUGCACCUUAAUGCUGUGGUAAAAGCCUGUAAGCUCCACCUGUCCAGGAAAAACUUCCCCGCAUCACCUCCUAAAGGGUGGAGGUCUUUGCAGCAGAAUGCAUCCUCCAAAGCAGAAAGGAUGUUGUUGCUUCAGCAGCUCUCAUCAGGCAUGGAGGACGGAGACGAUGACGAGGAUGCAGUAGUUGAAGUUAGUCAGUCUGGUGGGGUUGAAAAUCAGAGGGUGAGAGUGAAUGUAACCAAUGAACAGAGCACCACACUAUCAAGGUACAAGAGGAAGUCAGAUGAGGACAGGCUGAGUGGUAGGAAGAGAUCCUGCAGGCUAAUGGAGGGAAACUACAAAGAGUGUUCACCCACUGUGACUAGAAGUACCACUGGCACAGAAGAUGGAGGAGAGGAGUUUCUGUCACCUUCUGACAGACUCUGGGAGGACGAAGAGGAGGAAGUUGAGGAGAAGUAUGAAGCUAAAAAGGGAGAAUCCGAGGAGAUUCAACUGCCGAGCCAGUCGGACAGCAGCACAGGAGGUGUAGGUUUUUGGAAGAAGGGUGGAGACACAGAUGGAGUGGUCAAAAUAAAGGUGGGAGAUGAAGGGGAGGAAGAGGGAGAGGACUCAAAGAUGCUAAAGAUUGAAGUGAAAAAGGAGAAUCUGUGCUCAUAUCCCUCAGAUUUGGACACAGUAGCAAACAGUUCUCCUUCUCCUCUAAAAGACUACUCUGCUAACUUGGAUAUAUCACUAAAUGACGGGAAAACAGACGCCACCUGCCCAUCAAAAGCUGAUGUUAGCUCGUUACAGUCUCAGUUGUGUACAGAUCUUCAACCUGAUGCUCCGAGAGAGGAUGAAGAUUUAGGUGAGGAGCCAGUGGAUAGUGAAGGCCUUGACAGCCUGUCAGAACUUGCUUUUUCCUGCUUCCUUAAUCCCAGUGCUGAAAGUGUAAUGGGCGCUCUGGAAGAAGAAGAUAGUCUUGCUAGCCUCACUGCUGCUGCUACUGCUGCUGCUGCAGCUGCCAGUGACUCCACUGUAGCUUCUGGAGAUUUAUGUCAAAACUCAGAAGAAACAAACACCUCCUCUGCUCAGUCAUCUGAUCUCUCCUCCCCCUCUAUUGUUUUCCCUGUAACCUCUGUCCCCUUGCAGCAGCUUCUCCCGACUCAAGGCCCAAGUUUCAGUGACACCCUUAUCCUCCAGCCCACCCAGAACCCUCUCACAGGUUUUCUGAGUGGCAUCAGACCAAGCCUCAGUUUGGAAAGCUCAGGGCUCCUGAGGGCUGGGAAAAGCUCAGGGCCAACAACUUUCCGUCGCAUUGCCCCCAAAGUCCCACCUGGGUCUGAAGCUGGCACCGAAAUAUCUCCUUCAGAUGAGCGUCCAUCUCUAACCAGAGCUUCAGACGACGUUAUGUCCAAGUGCAAGAAAGCAGCAGCUGAAGACCACGUGCUGUUAGUAGAAGGGGAGAAGAAAUACGCCUGUAAGAUUUGCUGCAAGACCUUCAUGAACCUGACUGACUGUAAGAAGCACAUCAGAGUGCACACGGGGGAAAAGCCUUAUCCCUGCCCCAAGUGUGGGAAACGCUUCAGCCAGUCCUCACAUCUGUAUAAACAUUCAAAAAACACCUGUUUGAACUGGAAGGAUGACCAGUCAUUCCCAGACUCCCUGCUGUGA